GAGAAACAGCAAAAACAACAAGGGUUCAGUUGUUGUUGAUUGAUUGUCUCUCUCCUCCUUUGGCUGCUGGUGACUGUCGUUCGUUCCAAGCACUUCCCGCUCCCCGCGUUUGUUUGGUUGGUUGAUUGCCUGCGGUGGCGGGUGUUGCGCGGUGGGCAGUGGUGGACAAGAGCAGGUCGAGGCAAGAGCUCGUGCAGGGGCAACGAGUGUGCAAGGAACACAACAAGAAGGAUGGCAGACGCGAAGAAGAAGCUUCACGCCAUUCAAGAGCUGGUGUCAACGGAAGAAGCGUAUGCCCGCGAUCUUCGCGACAUCCAGCGUGGCUACAUUGACGCCAUCCCAGACUCGCUGCUGUCGCCCGAGGAAAAGUAUGCCAUCUUCGGCAACUGGAAGCAGCUCGUAACGUUCCACGAGAAGUUUGCCGUGCAGCUCAAGACGGAGUUUGAGCGUUCACCGCAAACCAUUGCCCGAUGCUUUCUCGGCGUGAACUUCAUCCCAUUGUACACCCGCCCUUGCUGUUACCACGACCGGCAGCUCAGCAUCCUCGCGCAUCGACAGGAAUCGGACAGUCAGCUCGCUGCGCUGUUGCACACAUGUCAAGAAUCGCUCGGGCACCGCCUGCCCUUGAAAGACUACCUCCUCACACCAGUGCAGCGCAUCAUGCGCUAUCACCUUCUCCUCGAUGAGCAGGUGAAGCGAACUGGAGACGAGGAAACGGGAAAAGCGCUGCUGCUUGAGGCGCACGCGAGCAUGAAGGAUGUUGCGCGCUCCCUCAACGACCGCCGCCGCGCCGUGCAGGUGCAGGACCUCAUGCUGGGCUCCGUGUGGCUCACGCGUACAAAACCGCUGCACGAGCGCAUUGUCGGCCUCACCGUCGACUUUGCCGAGCUGGGGCAGCUGCUGGCGUUCAUCCCAGAGGCAAACCUGUUGAUUGAGGGCAAGCAGGGGAAGCACAGCCACCGCAUGGUCCUCUGCUUCCGCUCCGGAAUCAUUUCGUGCAAGGAGCGCGAGAACAACAUGCUCUCUGUCAAGGCGGAAUACAACCUGGCCACCUGCCGCCUCAGGCUCUUGGACGCGCACCGCUUCUGCGUGGUAAUCAAGGACGGCGGCAACGACUGGGACACGUACCACGUGGCGAAUCUGGACUGCAAGGCGCUGCUCUCCGACAUCUACCCAAGCGAGGCCGACGCGAGCGACGGCGCUUUGAGCCCAAACACGCGCCGCCACCGCAUCCUCGGCAACGUGCUCAAGCCCUCCUCCCGUGACCGCGUGUUCUCCACGGGGAAGAGCAAAACGAACCUGAUGGUCCCCGAUGCAUCGCCGCCAAAGACGCCUCGCGUGCACCUUGCAUCCGACGAGGGCAGUGCAGAGUCUGUCGUGGAUGAUGACGCAAGCGAGCCGGACGUCGACACGUGGAUGGCGGACUUGCUGGUUGAACAGGGAUCGCCCUCCGAAUUCCUCUCUGUGCAGAGAAUAUUGCGCUCAAAGCUCAUGGCCCUGGAUGCAAAAGUGAAACUUCUCACACAGGAGCUUCAGAUGGCGGUAGCGGACAAGGAGCACAAGGACAACGACGCAGAUCCUGCGCAUGAGAGGCAUUCGGUGCACUUUCUCCACGGCGCGUUGAUUGCAGAGCGGCUGCAUGUACAGGAACUUCGCAGUAAACUGGAGGAGCGCGAAGUGCAGGCAAAGGACGCCCAGCAGCGCGCAAAUGAGGCAACACGAAUGCUGAGUGCCAUGCAAACUACGGUGGAGGAACAGGCGGCGCAGGUCAAGUCGCUGCUGGCGACAAUUGAAGACAAGGACACGCAGGUGAAGAAGCUGUCGCAGGACGUGGACGCAAAGACGAAGAAGAUCGAGCAAUCACAGCAGGCGUGCGAUCACGCUCAGAACCAAUACCGCAACACAGCCCAUCGAUUUGACACACUCCAGGCAGCACACGAGGGGUUGCAACGGGAGCAUGAAGCGGUGAAGAAGCAAGCAGAGGAGGCGCAGGCGCGAUUGGCAGUGUUGGAGAAGAAGUUGCUCAAGCAACAAGCGCAAUUCUCUGCUGAACUUGACCAGUCGCACGGCAGCGCGACGGCGGCGGGCAGCGAUCGGCGGCGCCACACGUUUUCUCUCAGCGGCCGACGGAGCAGGCGCUCUCGGCGCAAACGACACGAGGACCAGCAGCAGCAGCAGCAGCAGCAGCAGCAGCAGCAGCAGCGCUCGGCGGCUGAACACCUCGUCUUUGAAGGAGAGCAUGGUGGUGAUGGUGCAUCGGAUCCUGGCGAAGACGCUCGCUGUCUCAUCAUGUAGCCGUCGCGCAACCAUCAAUCAGUCCAUGGCUGUCACUUCCACUCCUCCUCAUGUUUCUCCUCCUCCUCCUCCUCCUCCCCUCGCAUGACGAUCCAUGCCGCACCGCCCCGCCUCUCCUUGCCCUUGUUCUUCUUCUUCUUCUUCUUCCUCCUCCUCCUCCCCCUUUGCUUGCAAGCGUUACGUUCGUCCGUACUGUUGUGUUGAUGAUAUUCUUCUUGAAGCUGUCCUUUGCUCCUGUCCUACUACCACGUCGUUAUCGCUCCUUGCCUCUCGCGUUCGCGCUCCUCCCCUCGGCCCCUGUUUCUCGUCGUUUCGUCUGCCCCGCCCCCGUUUUCUCUGCGGUCGUGUGCGCCAUCACUCAACGGGGCGCGUCUCAAAGCCGCACUCGCUGAGGUGCUGCUUGACCUGCUGGAUGGGCACCUCCUCCCUGUGGAAGAUGCCUGCAGCGAGGACGGCUGCCGGUUUUGCCGUGCGCAGACACGCGGAGAAAUGCUCCACUUUGCCGGCGCCAGAGGAGGCAAUCACGGGAAUGGAGACGGCAUCCACAAUGUCCGCAAUCAGUUCUGGCACCACCAUUCAUGCGCACAUGCGCCAAGUGAACCGAGUGUUAACAUCCAUGUGUGUCAAAGUGUGUGUGUGUGUGUGCACGAUAACUACUAAAUCGUGCUCCACAGGCA